ACCCCGCCUGCCCUGGCCACUCUGCUCCUGCCUCGUGCUGCCCCUUGCGCCACCCCAGGAGGAGCCAUGGGGCACUGGGCCUGGGUCCCCAGCCCCUGCCCCCGACCCGGGCUGUGCCCCCUCCUCCUGCUGCUGCUGCUGCUGCCUCAUGGGGCCCAGCCCCAGGCCGGCGGGAACCACACAGGCACCCCAGAACCUAAAGGCGGAGCGACCCCUGGGACCUCCGUGACCCAGGUGACCUCUGUGACCUCUGAGACCCCAGCGAUGAGUACUCCAGAGGCAGAGGGCCCCCAAGGUGGUGGGUUCCUGCCCCCUCCCAGGGAGGCUCCCUCAAGCAGCAGCCCUCAGGGCCAAGUGCUCACAGAGGACGGCCAGCCCUGCAGGUUCCCCUUCCGCUACGGGGGCCGCAUGCUCCACUCCUGCACUUUGGAGGGCAGCGCCCACAGGAAGUGGUGUGCCACAACUCACAACUAUGACCGGGACAGAGCCUGGGGCUACUGUGCAGAGGCUGCACCGCCUGCGGAGGGCCCAGCUGCCCUUGAUCCCUGCGCCUCCAACCCCUGCCUCAAUGGGGGCUCCUGCUCCAACACCCAGGCCCCCGAGUCCUACCACUGCAGCUGCCUUGGGGCCUUCACGGGCAAGGACUGCGGCACAGAGAAGUGCUUUGACAAGACCCGCUACGAGUACCUGGAGGUGGGCGACCGCUGGGCCCGCGUGCACCAAGGCCGCGUGGAAUGGUGCAACUGCUCGGGCGGCCAGGCCUGGUGCGAAGGCACCCGCCACACAGCCUGCCUGAGCAGCCCGUGCCUGAACGGGGGCACCUGCCACCUGAUCGUGGCCACCGGGACCACUGUCUGCGCCUGCCCGCCGGGCUUUGCCGGGCGGCUCUGCAACAUUGUGCCCGCUGAGCGCUGCUUCUUGGGGAACGGCACUGGGUACCGUGGCGUGGCCACCACCUCGGCCUCAGGCCUUGACUGCCUGGCCUGGAACUCCGACCUGCUCUACCAGGAGCUGCACGUGGACUCGGUGGGCGCCGCGGCCCUGCUUGGCCUGGGCCCCCACGCCUACUGCCGGAACCCGGACAAGGACGAGCAGCCCUGGUGCUAUGUGGUGAAGGACAACGCGCUCUCCUGGGAGUACUGCCGCCUGGCGGCCUGUGAGUCCCUGGCCAGAAUCCAACCCCUGCUCCCUGAGGUCCUGGUGACCCUACCCGAGCCUGCCCCGGCUGGACGCCAGACCUGUGGCAAGCGGCACAAGAAGAGGACCUUCCUGCGGCCACGCAUCAUUGGCGGCUCGUCCUCCCUGCCCGGCUCCCACCCCUGGCUGGCCGCCAUCUACAUUGGGAACAACUUCUGUGCCGGGAGCCUCGUCCAUACCUGCUGGGUGGUGUCCGCAGCCCACUGCUUCUCCAACAGCCCCCCGAGGGAAAGCGUCUCGGUGGUGCUGGGCCAGCACUUCUUCAACCGCACGACGGACGUGACUCAGACGUUCGGCAUCGAGAAGUACAUCCCGUACCCACUGUACUCGGUGUUCAGCCCCAGCGACCACGACCUUGUCCUGAUCCGGCUGAAGAAGAAGGGGGACCGCUGUGCUGUGCGCUCCCAGUUCGUGCAGCCCAUCUGCCUGCCUGAGCCCGGCAGCGCCUUCCCCGCGGGACACAAGUGCCAGAUUGCGGGCUGGGGCCACAUGGAUGAGAAUGUGAGUGGCUACUCCAGUUCCCUGCGGGAGGCGCUGGUCCCCCUAGUUGCUGACCACAAGUGCAGCAGCCCCGAGGUGUACGGCGCUGACAUUAGCCCCAACAUGCUCUGUGCCGGCUACUUUGACUGCAAGUCCGAUGCCUGCCAGGGGGACUCCGGGGGGCCCCUGGCCUGCGAGAAGAACGGCAUGGCCUACCUGUACGGCAUCAUCAGCUGGGGAGAUGGCUGCGGGCGGCUCAACAAGCCUGGUGUCUACACCCGAGUGGCCAACUACGUGGACUGGCUCAAUGACCGGAUGCGGCCUCCCAAGCGGCCCACGCCUCCCUCCUGAGACCCUGGAGGGGCAUCCUGUCUGCUCCCCAUCCCGCCUCGCUGACAAUAAAGAUGUUCCGGAGAACCCAGCCCA